AACCUUGUCUUGAUGUCUAGUCUCUCUGUUGGGGUGCACACGGAUUGACCACUCCUUUGGGCUUUUCUUUUUACAUCAGAUACUAGGGAGGGAAAGCUAAUCCACAAACAUGACUGACGCGCAACAAGAGGCCCGCUCCUAUCUGAGCGAGGAAAUGCUGUCUGAGUUCAAAGCCGCUUUCGACCUGUUCGACACCGACGGUGGCGGUGAUAUCAGCACCAAGGAGUUGGGUACCGUGAUGAGAAUGCUGGGCCAGAAUCCGACAAGAGAGGAGCUGGAUGAAAUCAUCGAGGAGGUCGAUGAGGAUGGUAGCGGUACCAUCGACUUCGAGGAGUUCUUGGUCAUGAUGGUGAGGCUGCUUAAGGAGGACCAGGCCGGCAAGAGCGAGGAAGAGUUGGCAGAGUGCUUCCGUGUGUUCGAUAAGAACGGCGACGGCUACGUCGACAGAGAGGAGUUCGCCCAGAUCAUCCGCAGCAGCGGGGAGGCCAUCUCAGAGGAGGAGAUUGAUGAGCUGAUGAAGGAUGGAGACAAGAACAACGACGGCAUGCUGGACUUUGACGAAUUCCUCAAGAUGAUGGAGAAUGUGCAGUAAAACAAGUAGGACUCAUGGACAUUCCUCCAACCUCCUGUGAAAACCUAUUCUGAAUAAAUCCGCACCAUCGCUCAACCCUUCCUCUAUUUCACCCGACCCGCAAAAUAAGCGCCCGACGACACAUUGUGCCCGUUUGUCCACCUGGUUCACUGCCUCCUCCUCCAACCUUGCAGACAUCGUCGACAGACCGCUAGGACACCUUGAUGAGGGGGAGGGGUCGCUAGCGUAGUGUCAUCAAUCCCUGACCUGCUGGUAAAUGCAGACAGUUUUUCUUAUUUACUGUUCUCAUGCUGUGUUCAGUGAGUGGAGAGUAAGGCUGCACGGCGACCCCCCCACCUCCAUCUCCUCCUCCUCUCUGCUGGUCAAGCUGUGAUCUAGAUCUAGUCUAGAGAGAUAGGCAGCCUGUUACCCGCUGCUGCAUAGACCAAUGAAUUCAAACACUUUACUGUACAAAGAAGUAACUUGCUUGAACGGAAUAAAUGAACUGGCACAUGCUCAAUUGUAGUGGGUCUGUCAUAUUUAUGGUCUGUGUAAAAAAAAAA